AUGAUGAUGUCGCCGCUGCAAUCUCCUGCUGCAGCUCGGGCCAGAGCACAGCGCCAACCACGAACGCCCAACAACAAGCGAAUGCCUAGUAGCCUCAUGGACUUGAAGCGCGAGUCGAACAGCCGCAAGUACGAUAUUGGUGCUCUCGCCACUCCUGCUCGACGAGCGCCACUGGCCCGAUCCAACACCAUUGAUGCAGUGCCAUCCUUCUGUACGCCACAACGAAACGCUACAGACACCAGGAGGCGUGAACUCCACUACCUCUGGGGUUCCCCUGGUCAUGCCUGGCAAUCUCGAUGA